UAAAUGAUUGGCCCCAAAGGGCUUGCCAGCCCCGCCCCCACCCUAGGAUCUGUGGUAAACUUCAUCUCCAGGUUCUUGAGUUUAUUGGCAAUCCAACCCAGAUUGCUUCUGGGGUGUGGUCUAGAUAGCAGGAAGGAACUGCUCUGUCCCUAAACCUUGUGAAUUUUACUGCGUAUGCCAUGCUUUCCACCUCUCUGGGAUGGAAAGAUCCCAUGACAACUUCUCCAAUGGCUCUCAAGGGACUCAGGGCCAAGAAGAGACUCCUGUGGACCCUGCUCCUGUCUGCAUUUGGCUGUUCAGGCCUGUACCUAUAUGGGUUCCGUAUUCUCAGGUACUUAGAAGGCAUCAUUCCCAUGGGCAUCUGCCCUGUAGUCACCACGUCUCUGCUGACGGACAACUUUACUGGUGGCCUGCAGCACUGGGCUCGGCCUGAAGUCCUGACCUGUACCUCUUGGGGAGCACCAGUUAUUUGGGAUAGCACCUUCAACCCACAUGUAGCCAAGCAAGAGGCGAGACGGCAGAACCUCACCAUUGGACUGACUGUCUUUGCUGUAGGCAGGUACCUGGAGAAAUACCUGGAGCGCUUCCUGGAUUCUGCAGAGCGGUACUUCAUGGUGGGCCAGAGCAUGGUGUACUAUGUGUUCACUGAUCGCCCGGAAGCAGUGCCCUCCAUAACGCUGGGCCAGGGUCGAUUGCUGCGGGUGGAACCUGUGCAGGGAGAGAGCCGCUGGCAGGACGUAUCCAUGGCGCGCAUGCGCACGCUAUAUGAGGCUCUGGGAGGGAGGCUGGGGCAAGAAGCUGACUAUGUGUUCUGCCUGGACGUAGACCAGCGCUUUACUGGUAACUUCGGGCCGGAGGCGCUGGCAGAUUUGGUGGCGCAGCUGCACUCCUGGCACUACCACUGGCCGCGGUGGCUGCUGCCCUAUGAGCGGGACAAGCGAUCAGCUGCUGCCCUGUCAUGGGGCGAGGGCGACUUCUACUACCAUGCGGCCUUAUUCGGGGGCAGUGUGGCGGCGCUGCGUAAGCUGACGGCCCACUGUGCGCUUGGCCUGCAGCUGGACCGUGAGCGUGGCAUCGAGGCGGUCUGGCACGACGAGAGCCACCUCAACAAGUUCUUCUGGCUGUACAAACCCACCAAGGUGCUGUCGCCUGAGUUCUGCUGGGACCCGAAAAUUGGCUGGAGGACAGAAAUCCGCCACCCUCGCCUGCUCUGGGAGCCCAAGGAGUAUGCACUGGUGCGAAACUAGCAUGUUCCCCUGGCCAGCCGGCAGCAGAGGCAUCUUUGGCACUGCGGGUGUGGAGUGGGGAUCGCAAGAUGUUUCAAGACCAUGAAGGCAGUGAGCACCCAGUUACAGUGCCUCAGGAAGCGGGGCACUGGAAAACUCAGAGAUCUUGCAAAAGGGUUCCUGCGCCUGGGUCCGUAGACCCUGUUACCAGUCAGCUGCCCCGAAAGCUCCUUUGCUCUAACCAGAUGCAAAUUAUGCACAGACCAGAGGAAGCUCUCUGGAGCCUACUUUGGCAGCUCUUGUAUCCCAGGUGCUGGGGCGGUAGCAGCAGCAGAGGCCAGCUGGUGGGAGUCUCAGCAAGUGGGGCCUUCUAGUGUUAAAACGUUUGCCUAGGUCUUGGGAUCAAGGCCUAUCGUAGUCCUUGGCAGCCCCUGAUGCUGCAGCUUCUGAGUGGGCCUAGGUACCAGGGUUCCCCAGACCUUGCCGGUGGCCAGUGUUACAGCCACUGAACCUUCAGUAUCUGAGGCCAUUCCCGGCACCAGGGCCUGCGGGUUCUCUUGGUCCUCAGUUCUUUAUCCUCUCUGCUUCUGCCGAACCUGUUUAUCCUCUGCCCCCUCUUGCUCUGCUGCCUCUCCCCCCACUUCUGCAGCUUUCCUGGCUGACCCAGUGAGCACUUCCCUCCCCUUCAGCUCCCAAGCAGUUGGCUGCUUUGUCGCUCGUGUAGCUUGGCCUGCUGGUCACCACUGCUAUGCUGUCCCUUUCUUCACGUUACUAGAUCUGCCCUCACCCUUAAACGUUGGCAAGACCGUUCAAGAGAAGCCUUUUAUGGGCCUAACAGUGCAGUGUCAGGGAAGCAGCCCAGGAGUGCCAUCCACCUUCCCCACCCCCACCCCUGCUGCUCACUAGGAGCAGCCGAAUGUCUACUUCCAUAGCCAUAAAGGAGACGCUUGAACCAACCCAGCCUUACUUCUCUGCGGUACUCACAGGAGUCCCUUCUGCUAGACCUCCUCUCUGUAUGGGAAUGGUUAUGGAGUCUUCUAGAGUUCACAAAGGCUUUGACUGGGGAAGGGGGGGAGAGGUCGAUGGGGAUAGGAGAUGGGGGGGGGGGCUGUUUCAAAUGACCAUGGCUAAGGCUGUGCCUUCAGGAGCAGGUCACCAGCUGUGACUGUUGUGUGGCAUUCUCGAGGUGUUGGUGGACUGGGCAAGAUGACUGCUGGCAUGAGGGUAGUCUGGAUGGCUGUUUGGCUACUGGUCCUUUGCUUGGGCAGCAAGGGAGAGUCCGACACCUGCCAAUGUGGGAGUCAGGUUGCCCUCUCCACUAUGGUUUUGCUUAUAUACAGGACAGCGAACAUCAGAGGGAAUGCUUACAAUAAGGAGCAGUACUUUAAAGAAAUGUUUGACAUCGCUUAACACUACCCAGGGUUCCAGGAAGGGAUGUGUCCCCUUCCCCUGGUUCCUUUCACCUCUGACCUUACUGAGUGCAUCUGUUGACACAAAGAGAGACCAAAACUGCCCAGACACAGGAUCUGUUCAAGUUCUUGGGAUGUCAGCAGCAAGAGAGUGAGGUAGUCCCUCUUGCCCAGUCCAAAUCCCCUCAGGAACUAGCCACUGAGAAAGGACAACAGGCACUCCAGUCAGGCGCUCUGUCGUGCUAUCUCCCCCAACUGCAAUGUAGCUUGUGCAUAUCUGAGGAAUACUGUAAUAAACAAGUCAUUUCAAAAUGA